ACUAAGACACCGCUCAUUAUUAUAAAAAGGGCUCGUUCAAGAUGCCUUGUUCAGUCAUAAGCAUAUAUUUCCCACAUUCCUAAUUAGUUCUAAUCAACACACAACAAGCAAGAUGAAAUUCAUUCUGGCAUUUUUCUUAUCCAUUGUGGGAGUUGCUACAGCUGGUUCCUAUGAACAUCCCUAUCCACAGGUUUAUGCACCAGCAGUAGCACCAGCAUACUAUCCAGCCGUGAACUAUGCUCCAGCUGCACCCCCCAACAACCGCGACGUAGCCGCUUCUCCCUACAGCAAAUACCCAGCUGCGGUUCCCUACAAUCGCGACGUUGCCGGUCCUUCAGCUGCAGCUUCCCAUAACCGCGACGUUGCCGCUUCUCCCUACAGCAAAUACCCAGCUGCAGUUCCCUACAAUCGCGACGUUGCCGGUCCUUCAGUUGCAGCUUCCCAUAACCGCGACGUUGCCGCUUCUCCCUACAGCAAAUACCCAGCUGCAGUUCCCUACAAUCGCGACGUUGCCGGUCCUUCAGCUGCAGCUUCCCAUAACCGCGACGUUGCCGCUUCUCCCUACAGCAAAUACCCAGCUGCAGUUCCCUACAAUCGCGAUGUUGCCGCUUCUUCAGCUGCCUCACCUUAUGGAAGUUACGCUCAACCAGCCUCAGCAGCUCAACCAUCCUCUUACUAUGCGCCAGCUCCUGCUAGUCCCUACUACAACAGUUAUAACUAUGCUCCAGUAGCUCCAGUAUCCGCUCCAGCUCCAGUCGCUGCUCCAGCUCCAGUAUCCGCUCCAGCUCCAGUCGCUGCUCCAGCUCCAGUAUCCGUUCCAGCUCCAGUAUCAGCUCCAGCAAGACCCUACACUGCGGCUGCUCCUCCCCCUAAUGCAGUGGAAGCCUACAUCUUCACUCCAGCCCAGGUGGUCGGGUACGCCCCAGGACCAGCUGUGGGAGCCUCCACUGCUUAUGGAAAAUGGGAUUAACGAUAAUGGUUACUGGUAAAUUAAAUAAUUUGAGCCAAUUCCAUGUUG